AUGGGUACGAAUUAUUCUAAGCCAGAGCCACUUAGCGAGAAGGCUGUAACCAAGGUGAAUGCCAACGAGGCUCAAUAUAUCUUGGAAGAGCAAGAUGACGAUCACACCCCACCUCCGCCGUACCCAGCUCGUGAAAGGACUCGUGCCCUGGCCCUGUCCCACCUUGAGGACUGGAGUGAAUCUCUGUUAACUGACCCAAAGAACCGCCUAGCGAUUUCCAGCUUCGCUAGCCAAUCGUACGGACAGCUCCUUGCCAAUCAAAAGUCCUUGAAGUCAGACCUUCAUGUAUUCAACCUCACGGUACCAAUCGAAGGAACACCGAUCACGAAUCAACGAUCCUCUGGGCGCUGCUGGCUUUUUGCCGCAACCAACGUCUUCCGCGUACCACUCAUCAAAGCAUACCAACUCAAUGAAUUUGAACUUAGCCAAGCCUAUUUGUUCUACUGGGACAAGAUCGAGAAAGCCAAUUAUUUUUUCGAACAGAUAAUCAAUACUGCGGACGAGGAUCUCUCCAGCCGCUUGGUUCAGAAGUUGCUAGAAGACCCAGUCACCGAUGGUGGCCAGUGGGACAUGGUCGCUAACCUGGUCCAGAAAUACGGCCUGGUCCCACACGCGCUUUAUCCAGAUAACUUCCAUGCGAAGAAUAGCAGUAAGCUGAAUUGGCUUCUCACUGCUAAGCUGCGCGAGCAGGCUUUAGCCCUUCGAAAGCUGGCGACUAAGAAAGAAGCCGACCAGGCGGCAUAUUUGACGGCUUCUGCUAAGGAGAGAUUCUUGCAGGAGAUUCACUCAAUUGUCACCUUACUUCUGGGUCCGCCACCAAGCCCAGAGAAGAAGUUUACUUGGGAAUAUUAUGAUGGUAAUGGGACUGCCCGUGAGGUUCAUCAAACUCCAAUUGAAUUCGGAAAACAAGCUUUCCGGUCUCAGACAAGAGUCUCAUCUCGUAGCAGCCCUGCUGUUUCUCCAGGCCGACUUAUUAGCCUGGUCAAUGAUCCACGAAAUGAAUAUAACAGACUGCUUACAGUUGACAAGCUCGGAAACGUCCUUGAAGGGCAAUCACUCAGAUAUGUGAAUGUAGAGAUGCCUGUUCUCAAGAAGGCCGUUAUUUCAAUGCUGAAAGCCGGACACCCCGUAUUCUUCGGAUGUGACGUGGGGAAGUUUUCUGAUAGUACUCUCGGUGUUAUGGAUGCUGAUCUCACUGAUCUUGCUCUUGGUUUCAACAUCUCACUUGGUAUGAGCAAAGCAGAGAGACUUGCUAGUGGAGAAUCUGCGAUGACCCAUGCCAUGGUUAUCACAGCGGUACACCUGCUUGAUAACGGCGAGCCAGCUCGAUGGCGUGUUGAGAACUCUUGGGGCGAAGCCGCAGGAGAGAAGGGUUGGUUUGUUAUGACAGAUAAGUGGAUGGAUGAGUACACAUUACAAGCUGUUGUUGAUACCAACUUCCUCACAUCUGAUGUCCGCGAUGUUCUUGGGCAGGAGCCGAAGGUUCUGCCUCGAUGGGACCCUAUGGGCGUUUUGGCCUAG